AUGGAAAAUUUAACUGGACAGUUUAGAAAUACUCCAUGGGAUACAUAUGAAGGUUGUGAUUCAUCCUUAAUAAAUACUUCAAAUUUAAUAAUUCAAGACGAUCGAAUAAGUUGUGGAGUAUCUAUGUUGUUAGGAGCAUGGUCCGGUUAUAUACUACCAUUUAUAUCUAUCCUAGGACUUAUUUCAAACACAUUCAUAUCAGCUGUUACGUUUGUUCAAAUUAAGUUAAUGCCACGUCAUAUGAUCUACAUGGCAUUUAUUGCAAUCAUGAAUUCAAUAACGAACAUAAUAUAUGGUUGGUUAUGGCUAUUUUCUGCUAAAGGUUUACCAUUCAUCACGAAAGGCGAAGUGUAUUUUAUUAUAAACAACGUUUCACCAAUGGUAUGUAGAAUAUAUCGAUUCAUCUAUUCAUCUGUGUCAACAUGCAUGUGUAAUUUAUUAGUUUGUGCUGCGUUGGAUCGUUUCUUUUGCAUAUAUUUUCCAAUAUUAUUUAAUAAGUUGCCGAAAUAUUAUGUUUGGUUUGCAUGUGGUGCAGUCUAUCUGUUGAGCUUCCUGAUGAUGUUGCCAGUACUUUUCAUAAGUGGUUGGUAUAUUGUUGAAUCAAAAAUACAAUGUUCUUUAGAACCAAAUCAAUAUGCGAUUCGAUUAUACCAUGCAUUGUUUUCAAAUUUAGGCUGCGUACAAAGUCUAAUAUUAGUCAGUGUUAAUUUGGCAUUUCUUCUACGUAUACGUAAACAUGUAAAAGAUACAGCUACAAGAAAAAUGAGUGUAACUGAUCGUAGACAAUUACAUACGACUGUAUUCUUUUUAGUCUAUUCAGCAUCAUAUACUUUAACAUCGAUUCCGCAAGCCAUCGCUUACAUUAUUGGUAGACAUAGUGAUAUUAGAAAUGCAUUAAAUCAGUCCAAAUUUGCAAUUCAAAUAGCAAAUAUAUUUUGGAAUUUACAUUUUACACGUGAAUUGUUUGAUUUUUUUAUUUACUUUAAAUAUUUUAAACCAUUUCGUCUAGUUGUCUUGGAUAUAUGUAGACCAUGCUACAAACCGAAAAUGAACGAUACUAAACAAAAAGUUUAGUAAAGUACAUGAAAAUAAAAAUAUCAAGAGUGAGUAAUCAUACUGAAUACUUUUCAUUUAAAUUAUAAAACAAUUCAUCAUGAUUGUCUAAAACUAGAUAGUACACCAUUAUUCACCAUUUUGUAUCAGUUUCCAUUUUAAUAACUUUAAAUUUCUUUUAGUUUAAUAAAACUAAAACAUUAAAAAGAGUAG